AUGAGAAGAAACAUGUUUGAAGGGGCCAUUCCAUUAUCUUUUGAUUCAUUAAGAGGUAUUGAUAUUUUGGAUCUUUCUAACAAUAGUUUGUCUGGAGAAAUUCUAAAAUUUUUGGAGGACUUUGACUUGCAAUUACUGAAUCUUUCUUACAACCAUUUUGAGAGUGAAGUAUCAAUAGAGGGUGUUUUCAAUAACACAAGUGCAACUUUCAUUGAGGGAAAUGGUCUCCUAGAUGCUACCAAUGGAUUCUCUUCUACUAAUUUAAUUGGUGUGGGCAGCUUUGGGUCGGUGUAUAAAGGAAUUUUCGAUCAUGAUAGACAAACGGUUGCUAUCAAGGUGCUUAACCAUUUGAGAUAUGGAGCUUCCAAAAGUUUCAAAGCUGAGUGUAAGGCUCUAAGAAACAUUAGACAUUGGAAUCUAGUGAAAAUGCUCACAACAUGUUUAAGUAUUGACUAUGAAGGUCAUGAUUUUAAAGCUUUGGUGUAUGAGUUCUUGGAAAAUGGAAACCUAGAAGAGUGGUUGCAUCCAACUCCCAGAAUACAUGAGGCUCUUAAGGAACCAGAGAGUUUGAGUCUUCUCCAAAGAUUGAAUAUUGCCAUUGAUGUUGCUAGUGCAUUGGAUUGUCUUCAUCAUCAUUGCCAAGUACCAAUUGUUCAUUGUGACCUCAAGCCUAGCAAUGUCCAUCUUGAUUAUGAAAUAAUUGGACAUGUAGCCUUGAUAAGAUUGUAUUUAGAUGAGAAUAAUCUUCAAGGCAACAUCCCUCCAAGUCUAAGCAAGUGCCGAAAUUUGUUCAUUUUGAAUCUUGCCAAAAAUCUUAGUGGUUCGAUAUCCCCACAAGUUAUUGGUCUCUCAUUCUCACCAAUUUUUCUAAAUUUGUCUUCCAACCAAUUUAUUGGUGUCACUCCCGUGGAAGUAGGAAAUUUUAAAAAUCUAGAAGGGUUGGAUAUUUCCAAAAAUAUGUUGUUUGGGAAAAUUCCAGCAAGUCUUGGAAGCUGCAUAAUGUUAGAAUUUCUAUACAUGGGAAGCAACUUUUUCCAAGAGAUCAUUCCUUCAUCUUUGGAAUCAUUAAGGGGUCUUCAAUCUCUAGAUCUUUCAAACAAUAAUUUGACUGGCCAAAUUCCUAAAUUUUUGGAGGCCUUUGUCUACUUGAAUUAUCUGAAUUUGUCUUACAACCAUUUGGAAGGAGAGGUGCCAACAGAUCGAGUUUUCAUGAAUACAAGUGCAAUCUUCCUUGAGGGAAAUGGUCAGCUCUGUGGAGGAAUACCCGAGUUUCAACUUUCUAAAUGCAAAUAUGAAGAAUCCAAGAAGAGGGGGUUGACCCUUACCUUGAAGUUAAUAAUAUCUAUAUUUUCUGCACUUUUUGGUGUAACUUUGGUUCUAUCUCUUCUACUUCUUUAUUCUUUAAGAAAGAAUAGAAAAGAUAGCACCUUAAGUGACUCAGGGAAUUUACUUUUGAAUUUGUCUUAUCAAAGUAUCCUAAAUGCAACUAAUGGGUUCUCUUCUGCCAAUCUAAUUGGUGUGGGUAGCUUUCGAUUCGUAUAUAAAGGAAUUCUCGACCAAGGUGGACAAGUAAAUAUGGUUGCUGUCAAGGUGCUCAACCUUUUGCAUCAUGGAUCCUCCAAAGUUUCAUAG